AUUCGAUUUAAGAGAUUCUCUCCAUCACACUGAAACAGCCCCAACUCCCAAAAUCUCCGCCGCAUCUCCUCCGCCGCCUCAAUUAACUCUCGGUGCUUUCUCUCUCUUCUCGUUUCAUCUAAUCUCGCCCUUCCGCUGCAAGCCACAACAAUGCUCGCAAAUUCCGCCUCCGCCGCAAAGCCGCAGCUAGUCUCCCGCGCCCAAUCCCUCUACGCCGCCCGCCGGCCAUGGCGCCUGCUCCUCGACGUCUCCUCCCUCUCCCUCCCCUACAGCUACGCCGAGGCCACGUCUCGAAUCCGGCACAAUCUGAACUACUUCCGCGUCAAUUACGCCCUAAUCGCCCUAAUCAUCCUCUUCUGCGGCCUCGUCUACCACCCGCUCUCCAUGAUCGUCUUCCUCGUGGUGUUCCUAGCCUGGCUGUGGCUCUACCUGUGCCGCGAGGAUCCGGUGAUCGCUCUAGGCAGAGUUGUGGAUGAUCGCGUGGUUUUGGUGGCGCUGGCGGUGGUCACUGUGGUGGCGCUGGCGUUGACUCACGUCGGAUUCAAUGUGAUCGUCGCGCUGAUUGUGGCGCUGGUAGUGUGCGCCGCCCACGCCGCCUUAAGAGGCACGGAGGAUUUGUUUUUGGAUGAGAGCGACGCCGCGGAGGGCGGCCUGCUCUCGGUUGUGCGUUGAGCCCUAGAUUUUGAUGAGAGAGGGAAGAAGCCAAUUUUAUUGAUAUAUGUAGUUUGUUCACCUUGUUCUACUUCUAUCCAAUUCAUAUUCAUAUCUUUCUUCUUUUGCCUUUGCUACCAAA